AGCAGCGCGGCGAGCGCCAUGUCCGGCCGUGGCAAGAGCGGCGGCAAGGGCCGCGCUAAGGCCAAGUCUCGCUCGUCCCGGGCCGGGCUGCAGUUCCCGGUAGGGCGCGUCCACCGACUGCUGCGGCGCGGGCACUACGCAGAGCGGGUGGGGGCGGGUGCGCCCGUGUACCUGGCGGCCGUGCUCGAGUACCUGACCGCCGAGAUCCUGGAGCUGGCGGGCAACGCGGCUCGCGACAACAAGAAGACGCGCAUCAUCCCCCGUCACCUGCAGCUGGCGGUGCGCAACGACGAGGAGCUCAACAAGCUGUUAGGCGGCGUUACCAUCGCGCAGGGUGGCGUCCUGCCCAACAUCCAGGCUGUGCUGCUGCCCAAGAAGACCAGCAAGAAGGGCAGCCGGCAGCAGUCGCAAGAGUACUAGGCCGGCCGGCCCUCCCGGCACAAUUCAAAGGCCCUUUUCAGGGCCACCUCAUUGCUCACUGGGAGAGCUGCGAUCCGCGGAGGAGGCGGGAGGAGGGCAGGGCGCGAGAGGCGUGGCCGGCCGCGGGGAGCUGGGCAGGGGGGAGCGGGCAGUAACCGGCCCGGGGUCAGUCAAGACACUGAGCCUGAGAGCUGCUCAGUAAGGAGCCGUUAUUUUCAUUCCUACCUACCUCUGGGACAUGCAGUGGACGUUGUCUGGAAAAUAAAACUUUAUUUACAAAACAGGA